UAAUUGCUGGCGCGUCUCUUCGCGAGAUAAGGAUUUUCUUUCGAUAUUCACAGCGGGAUACACGUGUCUUAACGAGGAUUCCGCGUCAUGACGGUGCGACCGUGACGAUCCGCAACACCGAUCUUACGAAAAGGAUUUACGUAACGCGCAACAUCCUGUGAUCGCCUGACAAUCCGCUGUAUAAUUGCAUCUUUGGCACGAACGACUUAAGUGCACUCGCCAAUAUUCAGCGGCACGAACGGUUAACGUCUGUUGGCGUGGGUGAAUCAUUUAGUGAGGCAUACAAAGAGAAGGGUGACACCGUUAGGGCAAUUUAUUCAUUACUGACACUCUUUAUAUCGCCUUUAAUAAAUGUUUACACAAUACGAAGGAGGUAAUCUUGUAAUGUUGUAAUAAUGAAGGAAACUUUAAGAAUGGAUCGGGAAAAGAGGAUCCUAUAGGGCUGAAAGGGGCAACAAGUCCCUUUUGAUGAAUUUCAAUGAAGAUCCCUUUGUUUGCGCCUGAGAUUUUAACUAAACGUCGAGGGGGUGACAGGAUUCGAAAUUGCUUUAGAGUUGAUGUGCUGGCUGCAACGGUCCACAACGGGGUGCAUUUUUAGAGCGAGCUCUUUACUCAUCGUAACGGGCAUGAGAUAACGUCAUUCAUGAGCAUUCAUCGUACCCUCUGCAAACCAUUCACAAUGAGCCAUUAUUACAGCGAAGCUUUGUUCGGCGCGAAAGUAACUGUACUCUACUCUUCAAGAGCUAGCGAUAAGUAAUGUGCAUUUAUUAGCCGUUUUUAUUGAUUAAUGUUGCUUAUGUAACAUUCUCCCUGAAAUAUAUAUUAGAAGAUAAAUUGAUAACAAAAUACUUUUUUUAAAAAUAAUAUAUAUAAUUUGUUCUCUUCCAAGAAGAUAUAAAUAUUAAUUAACAGAAUAAAAAAUUCCUAUUUCGCUUCAACUUUUUCCAUUAAUAAUAAUCUUAUUUACACAUAAUGGUCUUUUAUUUAUAUCUUUUACAAGCUUAUCGAUGCAUCUUGCGAUAUCGAUCUCAGAAAACAAUUAAAAUCACUCGUCUGAGGUUCUUUGAGAAAAAAUAUAAUAUAUUCGUUGUCCUCUUUUGUCAAUGUCCAUCCUUGUUACGCUUUACGAGUCGGAUUCACGGAGGUCACUCAGCAAUUUUCUUCGAUAAUGAUUGUCAUUACUAUAUGCACAUCCGGCUCGAGUAUUUAUCCCUUCCUUGAAAUGUCUUACAUAGCGAUAGGAAUGUUUUCGAAAAAUCAGUAUCCCCCGUGUACUCGCGAUUGAACGAUGAAGAUGCGAACGAGGACAAUCCUCGCCGCUUGCUUCGCGAUCGUGACGUUUAAUAAAUUUAGCACGGCGAACGUAAAAGUUUCAUCGAAGGUCGACUUGGAUUCCGACGAAAAUGAAGAGGCAUUGAGCAACGCGACCUUCGAUACGGUCGCGAUUGUGAAUGAAUCUGCUGAUCCAGUGGGAUCAAUUUCGCGUGCGUCUAAACCGUCGACAAUUAGCUGGCAUCACGGAAGCGAGCUUGUAAAAUCAAAUGAACCAAGAAAAAGAAGAGUUUAUCUUUCGCAGGAUAAUUCAACUAAACGGCCACAGAUUAUCAAUAACAUUCAAAUCGUUAUAAACAGCAAUGAUAGUCUACCACACAAAAAUUCUUGCAAAGAUUCUUGCGAAGAUUCUGUAUGUGACGUAACCGUUUCUUCGAAACCAGACGGGAAAGGAAAUAUUAUAACCGAGGUGCAUCUUAGCAUUAUCACGAAUACAAAACCUAAAGAGGAUGCUAAAAUCGAUGAUAUUCCAGUAAUCGAAAGUUUCCGAGGUAUUCGUGUGGAUAACGAAGAAAAACCAAUUUCUCAUCCAAUAAGCUCGCCGAAUCCAUUAUAUUCACGUCGCGAAAAUAUUCCACAGGUGACAAAAUUUGUUUGUUCCAUUGUACGAAAGAGAUUUAAAUGUCUGUAUUUUAUAAUAAUUAAUCUGGGCAAUGAAAGUUUCUUUUUGCAAUAUAUUAUAAUAUGUAGGAAAUAUACUUUUAGAUUCACACGAAUUAUCAAGGAUACGGCGAACCCUGGUAUCAUCAUCGACGGCCUUUUCAACGACCGCGAUCGUAUUGGAGCUACCAUGGAGAUGGUGGCAAUGUAGAAUUUCGAGGCCAUAAAACGUGGUCGCGAGACAAACCCAUAGUGGAUGAUAAGAUUGAACCACCACUUAGCAGAACCAGACUCAGUGACGAUACGGAAUCAUGAGAUGAUUGAUUAAAUUUGAAAUUAUUUUUUAAUCGUAUAAAUAUUGUCGUAUAAAAAUGAUAUUGACUCACAUGUAAUUAAAUUCGAUUUCAUUGCCAUAUAAUAAGUAAAAUCAUUAUAUAAAAGUGUCAUGAGUUUAAUUUAUACAUAUAAUCAAAAAAAUAUAAUAUUAAUUUAUACAUGUAAUCAAAAAAUAAUAUUUAUAUAUCUCAUUUAAGCGUGUAAGCAUGAAUACAGAAUAUACGCAUAUAAUCGUUAAUUUAAUUGCUCUAUAU